AUGUCUAUAGACAACGGAGAAGACACCGAUAAAGUUGAUAAAGUCAAUACCGACCCAUUCGAUACUGAGGAAGUCGAUAUCCCUACUGGGGAUAUUCCUACUAAGGAUGUCGCCGCUGAGGAUAUCCCCGCUGAGGAUAUUCCUACUGAGGAUAUUGCUGCUGAGGAUGUUCCUACCGAGGAUGUCCCUGCUGAGGAUAUUCCUGCUGAGGAUAUCCCCGCUAAGGAUAUUCCUACUGAGGAA